AUGAAGGUACUAUUAUUUUUGUUCUCUCUCAUUUUUUUUGUUACAAAAUGUCAAAGUGAAACAAUUGAAAAUUAUAAACAACUGCUUGCAAAGUUGAAUAAGUUAGAAGAGCUAGUCGUGGAGGGAUACGAUUUAUUUCACAAACAAAAAAUAACUAUUCCUAAUGUUAGUACAGGUAAUGAUCCUAGCAGCAAUAGUAAUAAUAACACUUUGGGAUAUAAAAUAAGAGGCUUUGUUAAUAAGUUUCUGGAGUUGCAAAUUACGGGACAUGGCAACUUAUUACAUCUAAUAAGAGAACUUGCUAUAGAUCCCAAUGGAAUAAAAUACUUAGUGGAAAGCUACGAAGAAUUUAAUCAACUAAUGCACAUAAUAAAUUUCCACUAUGAUUUGUUAAGAGCCAAAUUGAAUGACAUGUGCGCAAAUGAAUACUGUAAAAUACCAGAGCAUCUAAAAAUCAAUGACAAGGAAUUAGACAUGUUGAAGAAAAUUGUAUUAGGAUACAGAAAACCAUUAGACAACAUAAAAGAUGACAUAAACAAAAUGGAGGCAUUCAUCACUAAAAAUAAAAAAACUGUAGAGAACAUAAAUGCAUUAAUUGCAGAAGAACAUGGAAAAAGAGGUGGAUAUUCUGUCACAGCAGCUUCUGGCACAGGCACUUCUAGCACAACAGGAACUGAAGAAUACACAAAUAAGAAGAAACAAUUCCAAGCUGUAUAUAACACCAUAUUUUACUCCAAUCAAUUGGAAGAAGCGCAAAAGCUAAUUGGCGUUAUAGAGAAACGUGUCAAAAUUUUGAAGGAACAUAAAGACAUCAAGGUGCUACUUGAAAAAAUUGCACAAGAAAAAGCAAAACUCCCAGUACAAGGUGCUACAGGAACAGAAACAGGACAAGACAAUCAACAACCUACACAAGAACAACAGGUAGAAAUAAAAAAAAAAAUUAACGAACUGGAGAAUAGCAUUAUUGCUAUCGCCAAAACUGUAAAAUUUGAUAUGGAUGGAUUAUUCACAGAUCCAGAUGAAUUAGAUUAUUACUUAAGGGAAAAGGGAAAAUCUGCAGGAACUUUAAUAACCCCAGGAAGUGCUCAGAUAACACCUGAAGGUGGAGAAAAUGCUCCUACAUUUAAUCAGAUUUAUCCAAAUGGUGUUUCAUAUGCCCUUCCAGAAAGUAACAUAUAUGAGCUAAUAGAAAAAAUGGGAUCGGGAACUUUAUUUGGAGAUCUCCAAAAUCCAGAUAAUGAAAGUGCACCCAAAAAAGAAAUUAUUACAGAUGAAAACGAGAGAAAAGAUUUGUUGGACAAAAUUGCUAACAAAAUUAAAUUAGAAGAAGAAAAAUUACCAAAAUUAAAAGAAGAGUAUGAAAAAAAACUUAAAGAAUAUAAUGAAAAGGUAAAAGAAUUUUUACCAUUACUUGAAAAAUUUUACGAAGCCAGACUUGAAAACACAAUGGAAGGAAAUAAAUUUGACGAAUUUAAAAAUAAGAGAAGUGAAUAUAUGAAUAAGAAAAAUGACUUAGAGAAAUGCCCUUAUGAACAAAUUACAAACCUGAUUAAUAAAUUAAAAAAACAACUUACCUAUUUAGAAGAUUACAUUUUAAGAAAAGAAAUUGCAAAUGAUGAAAUAAAUCAUUUUAGUGCUAUGGAAUGGGAACUAAAGAAGGAAAUCUAUAAACUAGAAAAAGAAAUAAAAAAAAAUGAAAGUAAAAUAACCAUAGAUAAUCAAUUUGAAUUAUCAGACGUCGUUGAAUUACAAGUACAGAAAGUGUUAAUAAUGAAAAAAAUAGAAGCAUUGAAAAAUGUCAAGAAUCUUCUAAAAAAUGCAAAAGUGAAGGAUGACUUGUACAUUCCAAAGGUAUAUAAAACUGUUCAGAAACCCGAACCUUAUUAUUUAAUUGUGCUAAAAAGGGAAGUUGACAAACUAAAGGAUUUUAUUCCAAAAAUACAUAAAAUGAUCGAAGCUGAAAAGGCUAAACAGACAGCUCCAGCUACAGGAACAAUUGUUGCACAAGAUGAACGAUCUACAAGUAGUACCCCAUCGAGUGCUGCAGCUCCAACUGAAACAUCAAUGCAACAAACAUCAUCUGAUGGAUCUCAGCAACCGCAAGCACAUGUAGAAUCCACAAUACAAUCUACACCUGUACAAGGAAGUCAGCCAAAUUCAGUGUCUAAUCCAGGAGCAGAAGAAGGAACUUCAGCACCAGAAACAAAUAACGAAGCAACAGAAGUGCAAGAACAGGCAUCAGAAGAAUCAUCAUCCUCAGAAAACCCAGAAAACGCGUCACCAGCAGCACCACCAGCACAAGCUGCUCCAGCAAUGACCAAAUUAGAAUAUUUGGAAAAAUUACUCGAGUUUUUAAAAUCUGCAUAUAGAUGCCACAAACACAUCUUCGUAAACCGUUCAACCAUGGGAAAGGAAGCAUUAACAAAAUAUGAACUGAAUACUCUAGAAAGUAGGAUAAUUAAUGUAUCCCCAUGUGAUGAACUAGAUUUACUAUUUAAUGUUCAAAAUAAUUUACCAGCUAUGUAUUCCAUAUAUGAAAGUAUGAGCAACGAUUUACAAAACCUUUAUAUUGAAUUGUAUGAGAAAGAAAUGAUUUACAGUAUAUAUAAGAAUAAAAAAAAGGAUGACAAAAAAAUUAAGGCUCUCCUAGAGACACCUGCAAGCAAUACACCACCAACAACUACUGCUGCUGAUGGAACAUCUACAAAUACUGAAGUUUCAUCGCCCCCUGUCGCACCAUCUGUUCCUGCAUCCCCAGAUACAGCUGUGGCAGAAACUUUAAACACCGCAGCUUCUACUACACCACAAGAUGCUCAAACUAGUGAUUCAUCUGCCACUCCUGGGGGAACCUCAGGUGUUGGUGCAGUUGAUACAGCCACCACAACUACUGAAACCCAAAAUGAACAAAAAGUUACAGCAUCUUCCAGUGAUGACGUCACACAGGAAAAUGCAAUUAAUGACAAAGAAUUGUACGAAAAACAUUUAUCUGAAGUUGGUAAAUAUGACUAUUACUUUAAAAAAUUUGUAGAAUCCAAAAAAGACGAAAUAAACAAGAUGGACGACACAAACUGGAACAAAUUAGGAGAAGAAAUUGAAUUAUUAAAAAAAAAAUUACAAGUAUCACUUGACCAUUUCGAUAAAUAUAAAUUAAAAUUAGAAAGAUUGCUAACAAAGAAGAACAAAAUAUCUAGUAGUAAGGGAAAUGUUAAAAAUCUUGCAAAGUUAAAAGCUAAAUUAGAAAGAAGACAGAAUCUGUUGAAUAAUCCAACAAAUGUAUUAAAGAAUUAUACAAUUUUCUUCAAUAAAAAAAGAGAAUCAGAAAAAAAAACAAUUGAAAAUACAUUGAAGAAUACAGAUAUUCUAUUAAAAUACUACAAAGCACGUGCAAAAUAUUACAUUGGUGAAUCAUUCCCUCUAAAGAAUAUAAGUAAAGAAUCAAUUCAAAAAGAGGAAAAUUUCCUUAACUUAGAGAAAUUUAGAGUAUUAAGCAGAAUGGAAAGUAGACUGGGUAAAAACAUAGAUUUGGAAAAAGAAAAUAUAAGUUACUUAUCCAGUGGAUUGCAUCAUGUGCUUACAGAAUUGAAAGAAAUCAUAAAGAAUAAAAGCUAUACUGGUAGUGAUUACUCCAAGAAUAUUGAAGAAGUUAAAAAGGCUUUGGAGGAAUAUAAAGACUUGCUCCCAAAAGUAGAAACUACGACUGCAAGCCCUGCACAAGUGACUCCGCCAGCACAAGUGACUCCGCCAGCACAAGCAGAAGCAUCACAAACGUCAGAAGUUGCGGUAGAACCAGUUCCUCAAGAAGGAGCAGCAGAAGGAACAUCGGGAGCAGCAACACCAGCACCAAUACCAACAUCGCCAUCAACAGCAGAAUCAACAUCAACAUUAUCAGGACAAGAUGACACUGAAGACGAUGAGAAGGUAAUUGCACUUCCCCUGUUCGAAGAAAAGAUGGACGCAUAUGAUGAAGAGCAAGUGACAAUGGGAGAAGCAGAAGAAAGACAGGUAGAAGUUAUUGUGCCACGUGACCUAAACGAAUAUGAAGUUGUAUACAUGAAACCAUUAGCUGAAGUAUAUAAAACUAUCAAAAAACAAUUAGAAAAUCACUUGAACGCAUUUAACAAUAACACAAUGGAUAUGCUAGAAUCUCGAUUGAAGAAGAGAAAUUAUUUCUUAAGUGUAUUAAACUCAGAUUUGGCUCCAUAUGAGCGUGCAUCUUCUGGUGAUUACAUCAUUAAGGAUCCAUAUAAAUUGCUAAAUUUGGAAAAGAAGAAAAAACUUUUAGGAAGUUACAAAUACAUUGAUGGGUCGAUAGAUAAGGAUAUGGCUACAGCAAAGGAUGGCUUGGAAUACUUUGAGAAGAUGACCAAAUUGUACAAGGAACACUUAGUUUCCGUGAACGAAGAGAUUGAAAAAAAUCAAAAGGAGAUUGAUGAAGCAAAAAAAGAACCUAGUGAUACAAAUCCAAGUACUAAAGUUCAGGAAUUGGAAAAAUAUAUCCCAUUCUUAAACAGCAUCAAAAACGCGUACGAAGCCUUAUUGAACAAGGUUAACAACUACACAUACAACUUAAAAACUGUUAAUAACAACUUACAAUUGGAAAAGAACAGAACAGAAAUAUUAAUUAGAAAAUUAGAUGACUAUACCAAAAUGGACGAAAAGUUAGAGGAUUUUAAAAAACAGAAAAAGGAGAUUAAUGCAGAACAUGAUUUAUUAAAAAAACUGAAAGUUUCAGAAGUUAUGAAAGGUAAUGAAUCCAAGGCAAUAUUAUCUGAAUUACUAAAUGUAAAUACCACAUUACUCAACAUGGAUUCUGAGCAUAAAUGUAUAGAUACUGUUGUUCCUGAGAAUGCAGCAUGCUAUAGAUAUUUAGAUGGACGAGAAGAAUGGAGAUGUCUAUUAAAAUUUAAAUUGGAUGGAGGUAAAUGUGUGGCAGCUACAGAUGUAACUUGUGAAGAUAACAAUGGUGGCUGUGCACCAGAUGCUGAAUGUAAACAAAUGGAUAACAAAGAUAUUGUAUGUAAAUGUACUAAUGAAGGUUCUCAACCACUCUUCGAUGGUGUUUUCUGUAGUUCUUCAAGUUUCUUAAGUUUAUCAUUUUUAUUACUAAUUUUGUUUAUUCUGCUAUGCAGUGAGCUUUAA